CUCAUACUCUCAGACACCGACGGAAGUUCGACACGGAAAUUGGGAAGCCGACCGCCAAGCCGACCGACUUCGACACAGCGACAGUCGCGAACCUGCGAUUCUUGGCCGCCUCCCGACCGGUUCCCGGCUCCCCGGCCCUACCCAUUCACAGUGGACCUGCCGCCUGCGAUUCUGAUUCUUCCCAGUUCCCAGACUCGCGGCCCAUUAUUAUUUCACAAGCGGCCUCUCUUAUAAUCUGGUCCCUCUUUUUCUACAGGAUUAGUAUGAAAUUAGGUAUGAAGUUGUUCGAAAACGAGGAUGAUGAUGAUGAUGUAGAGCUGAGCAAAAUAAAGAUGAAUGAGGAGUUUGCUCGCCGGAUCGAGCAUAACAAGAAGAGAGAAGACCUUCAGAUAUUCGAAGAGUUGAAGAAGAUGAGGAGCCUGAAGAUGAACACGACGGUGAUAGUUUUGGUA